GAAAUACAUGUCAAGUCAUUUCUAAUGCGCAGUUCUUCAUUGCUCGGGAGUCACAUGAACUGAAGACGUCUUUUAGUUUUUUAAGGACUGGGAUUUUUGUUUGCGUCUUCGUUCUGAAACUCCUGCAUAGUGCAGUUUUCUGCAGUGCACGCAUUUGGACUCUCAGGGCCGCUGUUGACUAAUGUAGAGCAUUACUCCUGCAUUUGAUACAUAAAACGGAGAAACAGACACGCAUACAGCGCACAAGCGCCGUUACAGAAGACCGGACAUAUCCACGCUGCGAUUUAUUCAUUUCGGAUUCAUAAAACACGAUGAUAAGCAAUUUUCCUCCGGGACAAUUUUUUAUUAAGGCGACUUCACGGUUUGGAAUAUAUUAGCCCUUGCGUUUGCAGUAUUUGACGAAGAUAAAAUGUCGGACAGAACAAUGAGGUGGCAAGUACUGUUGUUUAUCUCGUUUUUCCAUUUCGGGUCUGUGUUUGGGCAGGUCACCUACUCCGUCCCCGAGGAAAUGUCUAAAGGCUCUUUAGUUGGUAAUAUUGCGCAGGAUUUGGGGAUAGACGUUAAAAGACUGAAAUCAGGAAAAGCUCGCAUAUAUACAGAGGACAAUGGCGAAUACAUCGAGCUGAAUAAAGACAGAGGAGCCCUGCUUGUCAAGGAGCGAAUCGACAGAGAGGCGCUCUGUGGACAGACAACACCUUGUGCUUUACAUCUUCAAAUCACUCUGGAAGACCCGAUUGAAUUCUAUACAGUUACCGUCGAAAUUAAUGACAUUAACGACAAUUCGCCCAGCUUCAAAAAGGAUGAAAUGAAAUUUAGGAUUAGUGAGUCGGCUGUGAUUGGAGCAAAAUUUGUGCUGGAGAGAGCAAUGGAUCUAGAUGUCGGUGUAAACGGAGUACAGAUUUACUCGCUAAAGCCUACAGACAACUUUAACCUAAAGCUCCACAAUCAGCAAGAUGGGAGUAAAAAGGUGGAGAUGGUUUUGCAAAAACAUCUAGACAGAGAGACGCAAGCGCACCUUUCUUUAACUCUAACAGCUACUGAUGGCGGUGACCCUCAGCUGUCGGGAACAAUGCGUGUGGAAAUUUCAGUGCUAGACGCUAAUGACAAUGCUCCAGUAUUUACGCAGGAAGUCUAUAAGGUUACUAUAAGUGAGAAUGCUCCAAAGGGUACCAUUUUAAGUACUGUUAGUGCCAUAGAUGCAGAUGAAGGUUCUAAUGGAAAAGUGUUAUAUUCAAUAACUAACACUUUAGAUGACGUCCCUGUUAUCUUUAAAAUAGAAGAUGAUAAUGGUGUGGUAUCGCUAACUGGAAACCUGGAUUAUGAGAAAGCGCAGCUCUAUGAAAUACACGUACAGGCAAGUGAUGAUGGAGGACUAACAGAUUCGUGUAAGAUUAUUGUUGAGGUAACCGAUACAAACGACAAUCAUCCAUCUAUUAAUAUCAUGUCCAAAACGAAUUCAAUUUCAGAAAAUUCUAAUCUAGGAACUGUUAUAACUAUAUUUAAUGUUCAAGAUCCUGACUCUGGAGAAAAUGGCAAAGUCACAUGUAAUAUUGAAGAAAACUUGCCAUUCGUGAUGAAAACAACUUCAAAGAAAUUCUUUAGCCUCGUAACAGACAGUGAUUUAGACAGAGAGAGAGACUCUGAGUAUAAUAUCACAGUGACCUGCUCUGAUGAGGGAGUACCCUCCCUCUCCAGCAGUGUCACUCUCACCUUACAGAUCUCAGACGUAAAUGACAACGCACCUGUCUUUGAGAGGAGCUCAUAUGAGGCCUACAUUGUAGAAAACAACACACCAGGACUCUCUAUAUUCACGGUGAAAGCCAGAGACGCUGACUGGAACCAGAAUGCCCGUGUUUCUUACAUACUGGAGGACACCUCUGUUAAUGGAGUGCCAGUCUCCUCAUAUGUGUCCGUUAGUGCUGAUAGUGGAGUCAUCCACGCAGUGCGCUCUUUUGACUAUGAGCAGAUCAAAGAUUUCCAGUUCCACGUUAAAGCUCAGGAUGGAGGCUCUCCUCCACUCAGUAGCAACGUAACAGUGAAAAUAAUGAUCCAGGACCAGAACGACAACCCUCCUCAGGUUCUGUAUCCAGUCCAGACUGGUGGCUCUCUGGUGGCUGAGAUGGUUCCUCGUUCAGCAGAUGUGGGCUAUCUGGUGACUAAAGUGGUGGCUGUUGAUGUGGACUCUGGACAGAAUGCCUGGCUCUCCUAUAAACUACAGAAAACUUCAGACAGGGCACUGUUUGAAGUGGGCUUACAGAAUGGAGAAAUCAGAACUAUCCGCCAAGUGACUGAUAAAGAUGCUGUGAAACAAAGACUGACUGUUAUAGUGGAGGACAACGGGCAGCCCUCUCGUUCAGCUACAGUCAUUCUUAACGUGGCGGUGGCGGACAGCUUCCCUGAAGUGCUGUCGGAGUUCACUGAUUUUCCACAUGACAAGGAAUACAAUGAUAACCUGACUUUUUACUUAGUGUUGGCUCUGGCUGUAGUUUCCUUCCUCUUCAUCACGUGUUUAGUGGUUAUCAUAUCAGUGAAGAUCUACAGGUGGAGACAGUCUCGCAUCCUUUAUCACUCCAACCUCCCUGUGAUUCCAUAUUAUCCACCACGUUACUCAGACACUUUGGGGACAGGGACUCUCCAACACGUGUACAAUUACGAGGUGUGCAGGACGACUGACUCCAGAAAGAGUGACUGUAAGUUCGGCAGAGCUGGUAGUCAGAAUGUGUUGAUAAUGGACCCCAGUUCUACAGGGACGAUGCAGCGGAUACAGAAUGAGAAGAGCAUCCUGGAUGAACCAGACUCUCCUCUAGAGGUUAGAAAACUUCAUCAAUCGUUUUUUCUUCAUGUUGUUGUGUGAACUACACUCAUGGCCCUUUUACAUUCAUAAGCAGUUGCUCAAAGGUUUGUUCCCAAAAAAAUAGAUGUUUUCUAGCUAGUCCAUAAUUUGUCCCUUCAGCACCAUGGACAGAGGCGACGAACACAGAGGUUG